AUGUUGUUAGAGAAUGAUAUUAUUGGAUCCAAAGUUGCGGCUGAACCUGUUGCCACCGUUUCUCCAGAAAAACUCAAUUGCCAGAUUUCUCACAUUUAUUUUCGGGUGUGCCUGGCCAAACUAACAUCGUUAGGUGAUGCUGUUAAGCAACAUCCGCAUCGGAUGAAUUCCGUGAAAAAUGAAACAAUGCGGAAAGAAGAAGUGAAAGCCACGGCUACGUUGGUGUACCAGAAGAUAACCACUUCUUAUGACAUUUUAAAACAUGAUGAACACAGAAAUGAUAGCAGUUACAUGGUGGCUCAUCCAGAGGAAUACUACCUUGAUUAUUUCUAUUUCUAUCGCACUCUGGUGCCAAAAGUUGAUGUUGAAAUUGUCAUAGCUGUUACCGUUUCUGUCGCAUCUGUUAUUCAGUAUUUAAAUGCAUGGGAAGGUAAUAUUACAGUUGUCAAAAUGUUACGGACACAGGAUGAUGAAUUAACUUUUAAGAGCAGAGACAAUGUUCGUGCUAAUGCACUUCCUGAACUGAAAAGUUCAGAACAUUAUUGUUACAGUAGCAUCAACCCUUAG